AAAGAAAACUGUUCUUCCCAGGAAAGAAAAUGGCAAACUUUUCUAAUUCACAUAUGACUAGCUUCAGCAAUAAAUCCUUUUGCCUGUAGAUAAAUAUAUAAAUCAUCUAACCCUGGAAAAAGUAAUUUGCCACAUUGCUUGAAUUUUCUGCAAAAAAAAACCCAACAACAACCAUGAGCAACUCUCAGCUUCUCCUUUUUCUUCUUUUGUUGAUGCUUCUGGUUCUUCCAGGGUUCCCCUAUGUACCUGAGCCUGGUCCAGUUAAAUGUUUUGUUUAUUUUGAUGGCUUUUGCCAUCCUGGGUCCUGUCCUAAGUAUGCAGUCCAACGAAGACACUGCAGCUCAAAGAUGUCAUGCUGUGAAAGUAAGAUAACUCAUGCAGAGGAUUGCUUCAUAAAUGGAGGUGGUUGUGGAGCCCGAGUGUGUCCUCGCAAUACAUUUCGCCGUGGAGAAUGUAAUCUGGGUUUUCCAUGCUGUAUCUACAAGUCUUAAGUUCCAUACUAUCCAUAUCUUCCUUACAACUAUAAAAUGUGAAAAUAAAGAACUCAUCUCCAAAAGGAACUGGGGGUGGCAACGGCCAACAAGGAGCUCUGGCGUGGACUGGUCCAUGAGGUCACGAAGAAUCGGAAAUGACUGUACAAAUGAAGAAGAGAAGAAGAAAAUCUCCAAAAGUAUUUCACCAGAAACCAUUCCUGUCUUUUGACAUUUAUAAUAUAGGCUUUACAUCGAAUUCUUCAAGUAAACCUGAAGACUUGACACUUCACUACUAAAGGUUUUUUUUUCUCUUUAGACGCCCCUGUCUUCAUGAAAAUAUAAAAUGAAAAAUUGUGUUUGCUGUCUCUUUAUAGUUGAAUAUACUGAAAGAAAUCUAAAUUCAAGGAGGAGAAUAGCUUAGCAGCAAGAUACAGUAUAAAGUGACUAUCAUCAUCCAAUAUUAUAAUUAAUUUUUCUCCAUUUAACCAUUUCUACAGAAUUAUAAUGAUGCAGUAGAGUCUCACUUAUCCAACAUAAACGGGCUGGCAGAAUGUUGGAUAAGCGAAUGAUUUUACAAAUGAAGCACCAAAACAUCAUGAUUAACAACAAAUUUGACAGAAAAAGUAGUUCUAUACGCAGUAAUGCUAUGUAGUAAUUACUGUAUUUAUGAAUUUAGCACCAAAAUAUCACGAUAUAUUGAAAACAUUGACUCCAAAAAUGCGUUGGAUAAUCCAGAAUGUUGGAUAAGCGAUUGUUGGAUAAGUGAGACUCUACUGUAUAUAGGAAUUAUGACAUCCUGCUGAUUGUUCAGUGUCUUUCACACUUAGACACUACCAAAAGUGUGAUGGAAACACAUGUGCAUAAUAUACCAUUUAAUGCAUAAUAUGAGCCAGAGUUUUGCAAUAACUAGUUAAUGCUUUAAUAAACAAAUAAAUAAAUAAAUAUUUUAAGAGCGCUAACCUU